AUGCCAAGAAAGAAUUCAAAAACAAUGACAAAUAAAUGCGCAAAUAGUAACUCUAACGAUUUUAUUGAAGAUAGAGUUCUUGAUGAUAAAAAGAGGAAGAAGAGCACUGAGAGUUCAACUGUUGAUGAAAAAAGGGAUACAAUAAAAACAAGAAGUAAAAGCAAAAGUUUAGAGGACAGUAAUGGAGGUAUAGAAAAUAUAGAUAAAGUAAAAAUUUCUAAUAAUAAUAGAAAGAAAAAAAGUGAAAGCAUGAUAAAUAAUGAUGAUGAAAAUGAUAAUAUUAAGAAUAUAAGUCAUACUAACAGUUUGAAUCAUGCUAAUAGUAUGAACAGUAUUAACAAUAAUAUAAAUGAUGAAGUAUAUAAAUUAGAUAGUUUUGAAUAUGAAGAAGAAUUUAAAAAGAAAAAUAUAAGAAAUUCAGAAUGUAAAAGGAGGAGGAAUUUAAAAGAUAUGAAAUAUUUUAAAGAGAUAAAACCAUUAAAAGAUAUUGUAAAUUUAAAAAAUAACAACCAUAAUAAUAAUAAUAAUAAUCAAUAUAAUAAUGGUAUAUUUUCUAGUUUAACCAGAUUUUGUGGUUAUAAUAGUAAAAACAGUUUUUAUUCUAAUCGAUCAAAACAAAGUACAAGUAGUAAUAGUAAUUUACAAAAUAAUACGAAUCUAAUAAAUUCGGAUAGUUUUGAAUCAAAACUUCAAACUUUUAAAAUACGAUCACAAUGGACAUUUAUAUUAAUAUUAAUAUAUUUUAUAAUAUUAGGAGCUGGACAUUUUUAUUGUUCAUUAUUAGUAUUAAUAUUAGUAACAACCUUAUAUAAAGAGAUAAUAUCUUUAAAAAGUAUAGAAAAUAAAGAUAAAAAAUUACCAGAAAUAUUUUAUAUUAGAUGGUAUUGGUUUUUUUUGACAAUUAUAACAUUAGGUAUACCAUGGGUUAUACCAAAAUUAAAACAUCAAAUACCUUUAUAUAAAUUUUUAUUAACAUAUCAUUCAAUAAAUAUGUUUAUAUUAGCAUUUGUUGGAUUUGUAUGGUUUAUAUUAUCAUUAAGAAAGUUUUCUUUAAAGUAUCAGUUUUCACAAAUAGGAAUAAUAUUAUUAUCUUCUUUAUUUAUAGUAACACAAUCUUUAAUGCAUAUAGCAAAUAUUUAUUCUGGUAUGAUAUGGUUCAUUGUACCUGUAUCAUCAGUUGUUAUUAAUGAUAUUUUUGCUUAUGUUUUUGGUAUCUUAUUUGGAAAAACAAGAUUAAUACAAUUAUCACCUAAAAAAACAGUGGAAGGAUAUGUAGGUUCUUCAAUUAUUACUAUUGUAUGGGGUAUUUUAAUAACAUACUUUUUACAAAGAUAUAAAUUUUUUAUAUGCCCACAAAAAUAUAUUACAUUCAAACCAUUUGUAUCAUGGAAUUAUAUUGAUUGUGAUAUUAAUCCUAUAUUUCAACAGAAAGUAUAUGAAGUACCUACACAUAUUUCUUCUAUCAUAUCUAUCAAAAAUAUUUAUUAUAGUAAAAUGUUAUUUCAUGGCCUUAUGUUAAGCCUUUUUGCUGCAUUCUUAGCUCCUUUCGGUGGAUUUUUUGCAUCUGGAUUUAAAAGAGCUCUUAAAAUUAAAGACUUUGGAAAAUCCAUACCAGGUCAUGGAGGUGUUACAGAUAGAUUCGAUUGCCAAAUUUUUAUUGGAAUGUUUACUUAUAUUUAUAUGAAAACAUUUGUUAAAAUUAAAGGAGGAAUAUAUUCAUAUGAUCUACUUAUUGAAUCUAUACAAAAAUUAGAUCAUAAAGAAAUAAUUAGAUUAUUUAAUCAAAUCAAAAAUAUGGUAGAUAAAAAAAGAAAAAAAUCAUGUACAGACAAUAAUAAAAAUGAUAUACAAAUAAGAAAGGACAAAAGGCCAAAUAUAGAUAAAGCUUGUACUGACAAGAAAAAAAUUCCAAACAACUGA